CAUAAUAUUAUUAUCUGUUUAUAACAGAAAAAACAACACACAUAUACACACAGACAAAUACCAUGUAUGACGCCCAAAUUCGAUCGAUUUUUCGCCACCGCCAUCAUAAUCAUCAUCAUUAUCAUUAUAAUAGACACCAUUUUAGAAUGGCACCAAUAAGCUCUUGGUUCAUCGUACUACUUAUAUCGAUCAUUUCGCUUGGAGCAGUGAUUGAUUGUCGGCGACAACAGCAACAACAACAGCCAUCGUCAACAACAAUAACGAAGCGUUCAUCAUCAUCAAAAUUUGUCGAUGAAAAUGAUUCGAUUGAUUAUUUUAAUAUAAAUAAUAAUAAUAAUAAUGGUGAUGAAAUUGACGAAGAAUUUGAUGAUUUUAAUUGUCCGGAAAAAUUUGGUUAUUAUCCGGAUGAAAAAAAUUGCUCAAGAUAUCAUCUUUGUGAUCAUGGAAAAUCUCGACUAAAAUCAUGCGAUGAUGGAUUAGUAUUUAGUACGAUAUUGAAAACAUGUGAUUGGCCUUACAAUGUACAUUGUAAUCAUGGCAAUGGUGAUAGAGGUGAUUUUGUAGGAAAACAUCUUCGUUUACGUAAUAAUGGUGAUGCGGAUGACAAAAUUAAUAAUGAUGAUAAUAAUAUUGAUAAAUCGUCGAAAAAUCGUCGACAACCAGUAUUGUCAAAUGAAGCUGAUGAUAGCUAUUGGCUUGGUCGUCCAAAUAGUGAUCUAUUGGCUUAUUUGGAUGAUAAUGAUAAUAAUUAUCAUGAUAUUCAUCAUGAAAAUUUUCAGGAUUUUGAUAUUCCACGACGAAUUGUUACGAAUACAAAUCGUGUGCAGAAUGGCGAAAUAGAGAACAAACAAAUCGAUGAUGGCGGACAACCAUGGUUUCAGAAUGUAAAUUUUGAGCAACGUCGACCAAUGACAACAUCAUCACAAACGACUACUUCGGCUAAUCAACGCGGAAAUCAAGGUUGGCGUAGCACUAAACCUGUUAUUAACACCUCAACAACACGUACACCAACUUUAUUGCCUCGAAAAGCAGUAAGUUCCAGGGAUAAUAUCGAAAAUGAAGAAGAUUUUCUACUUACUGAUAAUGGUGCUCAUCGUCGUAUUCCGGAAAAUGAUCUUGGUGAUUAUCGACGAAAACCACCGAAAAAUGAUCGCGAUAGUUAUCGAAUUGUUUCUUUUCAACAACCAAAUCCAAUAACAACAAAUGAUCCACAGACAACUACGACUACAACAAGAUCACAACCGAUUUGGUUUCAACAAACAACACCACCACCAACGACCACAAGGCAAACGGCAACACAAAUUGGAUCACGGCCUAGACAUCUCGGAACUUCUGUACGACGCAAAGUUAUUCGCAAAAAAAUUAUUCCACAAAUUACGACAACAACUUCAACAACGUCAACAUCGGCACCAACUUUUAAAAAUGUAGCCGAUUUUUGGAACAAUAAUGAUCCUUGGAAAUCCUCUCGUUAUGAAUCGAAUCAACCAACUUUGAAUCCAACAACCGUCAGUCCAAAACCUAUCGGCUCAAUUCGACGAACCAUACCGAAAUUCGAAAAUCGACAACGUUUUGAACGAAAGCCUGUACUACGCGAUGAAAGUGAAGAUGCCAAUGAACGAAUAAACGAUGAUGAUGAAGAUGAUGAUGUUGUUGCUGGCAGAAAUUUUGUUUACAAUACUCCCGAGAUAGUACGAAAUAGAAAUAAUUCAAGUCACCGCCUUGAUAAUGAUUUAUUAAUACCGAAAAAUAAGGUUAAAGAUGUUUCAAAUAAUAUCAAUAAUAAUGUAAGAUUUCGACCGACCACUGCAAGGCCUUCGAUAAAUCAACCUGUAACACCAUCAACUGUAACAACAACAACUAGUAAUAGAAAUAAUAAUCAAAAUUUAAACAAUGCAUUCGAUGCUGGUUUCCGUCAUGCAAUAUUGCCAAUAAAUCGUCCAAUUAGUUCAUCAUUACAACAUCAACCACCACCGCCAAAUAUUGCUACCGAUAUUGAAUAUGAAGAUUUAGAAAAUGAUGACGACGAUGAUGAUGAUGAAGAUGUUGAUGAUAUUAGUGCCAAUGAUGAUGAUAAUAACAACAAUAGUCGAUCAAAUAGUGAAAAUAAUAAUAAUCAAUCAUUGAAUAAUAACAAAGAAAUUGUUGUUCGCUAUGAUGAUGAUGCUGACGAUAAUCAUCAUCAAAAUCAUCAUUUGGAUACAAGACGACCACAAUUUUCUACAAAUCAGCAACAGUUUUCAAACAAUACGAACAACAAUCGUUUUCAAACAACAACAAGAAAUAUUGCAUUACAAUCGCCAAAAUUAACAAGAUUAUCUAAUAAUAAUGAAAAUAUCAAUACAUUCAAUCCUAAUCGACGAUCAAUACUAAAUGAUUCAGUUGGUUAUGGAAAGAAAAUUUUAACAACAACAUUACCAACAACAACAACAACUACAACUCCGACGACUCUUUUAUCGAUAAAAUCUACAAAACCUACAAUGAAACCACAAUUAGAAUUAUCUACAAUCAGCAAUGAAACGAAGGAUAAAAAAUCUAAAGUUUCAAUCACGAUUGGAAAACCAAAAAAACUAAAGCAAAAAUUACCGGCUGUCAUAAAUAAUAGUACGAGACAAAUUCGAAAAGUAUUGGAAAAAGUUCCAUUACAGAAUCAGCCAAACAAAUUAACAACCAACAAAAUUAAACGACAAGAAUCAAAGAUUCGGAAACAAAAUAACACUAUCUUGAUUGAAAAUUCUAAACAUGUUGUUACAUCUUCAUCGACAUCAUUAAUAAAUAAUACUGAUGUUGAUCAUUCAAAUAAAAAUGAUAGUAAUAAUCAUAGUAGUAGAAAAACUAUCAAAUUAAUUGGCAAUAGGCCAUCAACGAUACCACGAAUAAAUGAAUCGAAAAACAUAACGAAGGGAAAUAAUAAUUCAUCUUUGUUAGGCAUCAAUCAUAUAAGCGGAAAUAAUAAAACUUUGGAAAUUAGUGCACGAAAUCAAAAUAAAUUUGUUGAUUCGAAUAGAUCGAAUAAAUCUAAAUCAAAAGAUAGAACAAAAUUGAUACAACCGAAAACGGAUAAUGAUAAUGAUUCACGACCAGUUGCAAGAUUUUUUUUCGGUUCGAAUCAAGGCCGAAAACGAUUUCAGAUUAAUGUACCAGAUAAGGAAUGGCGAACAUUUGAUGAUUCAUCACAAUCCUCCAAAUCAUCAAAAUCAUUACCACCAUCAACAUCAUCAUCAUCCUCAUCAGUAUCAUUACGGGCGCCACCAUCGCAACGAAUUCUAACAUUCAUACCAAAAUAUGAAAAUUAAAAUUUAAAAUUUAUUAAUCUAA